AUUCUGGAUAACGUCGUAAUAUUUACAGGGUGUUUUGUAUCGCUGUGAGGCUGUCGCUUUCAGUUUUCAUCCUGUCUGUAUCCUUCAGUGCGCCCUGAAGCUUUCAGAUGAAAGCACGCCCCUUGUUAUCCUGUUCGGUCCGCGAUUGCCGGUACAACUUUCUGUGUUCCGUCAUUUAUACAUUUUCUUUUGACAAAUUGUUUAAUUCAGUGAGUGAUCAAAGUGAUGUUCAAACUUUUAAAAGUGGUUUAUAGCAAUACUUACCCCCGUUUCUAAUUAUAAAACUAACUGUCAGUUUACUCGCUUGCAAACCGUGAACAUGAGAUUAGAAAUAAGGAUUUUUGACUUGACAGAAAGAGUCAAAACUGUUGAGUGUUUAAUGUUAAUAAAUUUAAGAAACCUUUACAUGUUCUAUCAAUUUGGGGGUAAGCUGUAAAAACUAGAGACAAUAGAAAAUACAUAAUAUGAUUUCUAAGUUAAGUGUCACAAAAAUAUGUGAGUGAUUUGUGUCAUGAUGGAAAAUGUGACAGUGACGCCUUUAGGGAUAGUUUCGUUUGAAGAGUCAGUGAAUGGAUCGUUCCCGCUAGUGCCGGAGUUCGACAUACUGUUUCAGCCGGAACCGGUCCUUAUUGCGCUGUAUGUGCCGACCAUUCUGAUAUCAUUGUUGGCGAAUAUUCUACUCAUCGUCGUUGCAGUGAAAUGCAAAUACACAAAAAACGUGACGAACAUCUUCCUGGUGAACCUCUCCGCGGCGGACAUCCUGGUGACGUCGGUGUGCAUGCCGCUGCAGCUCAGCAAGGCCGUCACGCUGGUCUGGUUCUACGGGGAGGCCGUGUGCAAGCUCGUCAACUACAUGCAAGGUGUAGCGGUGGCGGCUAGCGUGUUCACCCUGGCCGCUAUGUCAGUCGACCGCUGGCUAUCCAUCUCGCCCGCCCAGCAAGUGAGACCCCCGGGCCGGAAGCAGGCGGUCCUGCUGCUAGCUCUGCUGUGGAUGGCCGCGCUGCUCAUCUUCAUACCGCUGCUGAUGGUCGCGUCUGUUCAGACGGAGCAGGUGCCGAUUAUUGCGCUCAAUGGCGGGCACUCGUCGAUAGUCCGUAUGAGAGAGGUCCACUUUUGUACUGAAACGUGGGAGGGACCUGAAAGUAGGAAACAGUUCGGGAUUUUCAGUUUCAGCAUGGUGUAUGCUAUUCCUGGUACUGUAACUAUACUAUCCUACAUAUUGAUGGGCCGAACACUGUGCUCCGUGCGGCCGCCCUUCGACAUGGAUGAAGGGAAUCUUAGUAUGCAACAGGGUCUCAGAAUAAUGAAGGAGCGCAAGCGUGUGGCGUGGAUCCUGCUGCUGCUGGCGGUGCUGUUCGCGGCGUGCUGGCUGCCCUACAACAUCAUGCAGCUACUGCUCGAUAUAAACCCCAGUUACACGAAGCAUUUGAGCACUUUCCUGCCGUACGCUUUGUAUUUAGGUCAUGCAAAUUCUGCAAUCAAUCCAAUAGUCUAUUGUUUAAUGACUAGAAAUUUCCAAAGAUCCGCCAAAAAAAUACUUUGCGGUAAAGGCGUUUGCAAACAGACCACGUUUACGUGGCGCUGUAAUCAAAAGCCCGAGGGGUCGUCAAGCGACUAUGACCUCUAUCACGAACCACACAAGAGAUGCUAUUUGCAGAUGGCGACACUGCGCCACAACGGGCACACGCACACACACAAGCCGCAGCCCGGCGCACACACACGCACGCAGCUGUCACACGUCACUCGCUCGUCGCGCCGCACCGCGCCCGCGCAUGCGCUCUCCGCCGACAUGUUGCACCGGCACGGCCACAUCGACUACAGAUAUUGAAGUGAACGCACGCGCCGAGAGCGGUUUCUAAGUUUGGCGACGAGUUUUGUAAUAUAAUGUAAUUACAGUGCGAUGUUUUGGACACUGUAGAGAAGUGUUCGGUUUUAAGUGAUAUACGCGGGACGUUAUAGAUUACAGUGUGAAUACAUUUCAGUGGAAUAUGUUUAAGUUCCUUACUUCAAGAGUAGGGUAGGGAUACAGUGUUUUAUGAUUUUCAGCUGCUUUCAUAGUUAAAA